UGGACAUCUGCUUUCCACAUCUACAUGAGUACAUACAUGGUAAAGCAUGCUUCUCAGUCUACCAUUCAGGGUAUGUUGGCGUACAUGGAAGUCAUCAGAAACGCAGCAGUGAGGUUUGGGGGAGAUGGCUGGUCACUUUAUGAUGAACAGUUCCGUCAUCGCAUGGCAAGGGACCCAUCAAGGUCGUGGGCUAAGAUCGACGGUGAACUGUGGCUCAAGUACAUGACUCCACAACCCAGUCGGUAUCAACCAGCGGACAGGAGCGGACGAGCCACAGUACCAUACCUUGGGGGGACUCGCAACAAUGCAUGCUUGGACUUCAACAGGUCACGUUGUACCAGGUCAGAAUGUAAGUUCCAACAUAAGUGCUCCAAUUGUUGCCAGUCCCACCCUGCCAAUUCAUGCUUUCGAGGGAAAGGGGGGCAACGCCCCCCUAUGACUGCAACACCAAACCUGCACCCAACCCCUGUCCGCCAUAGCACCAACCCCAGUGGAUCUCGUUAAGAUUACCCCCCACUUGCAUACCUACAUGACCGUUAACUUAUCACAUGCUGUUUAUCUUUUGCAAGGCUUU